AUGUGGCUAAACCCAUCGAACGCCACGACUCCCGUUGGAUGGAUACCCGAACCCAGUUUUCGUGGGACGUUCUCAAUCCUCUCGGGUUGUGUAGCCACUCUGCUGAUUUGCGUAUUGAGCGCACUACACCUCGACGUCCCGGAAAAGGACUUUUCACCCUGGUCCCAGAGACUCAGGAAGGCGAAGUGGGUCCUUGUUGGAAUGUUCGCCCCGUCAUUCCUGACCACCGCGGCCUUUGCGGAGUACCGAGUCGCAGCUUCAUUGAUGUCCGAAGCAAAGCGCCUCAUGAGCGUGAAGCAUCCUCGCGGGCGUUUUGACCUAGAGAUCGAGCCUCAUCCAAAUAUACCUGAGGGCGGGAUGACCUCUCGUCACCCAUGGACACUCGUUCACGCAUUUUACGCAUCCACCGGUGGUUUCGUCGUCGAUUUUAGCGAUCAUUCCAUCCCCAACUUCAGAGCACUCACUCCGAUGGGUAUCGUACAUCUCAUGGAGCACAAUCCAGGCUCCAUCCCCAACCUUUCUGUCGUCGAUAUUCUAGACAAGAGUAAAACAAACAGCCUAUCCAAAGUCAUGGCCCUCGUGCAGAUUCUGUGGUUCUGUGCACAAUGUAUCGCACGGCUUACACAGAACCUGCCCAUCAGCUUACUAGAGCUGAACACAUUCGUCCACGGUGUGUUCGCUGUUGUCACAUGCGCACUCUGGUGGCACAAACCUUCCGACGUCGCCGUCCCUACUGUUAUCCAAGUGCAGCCAGAACAGUUCGUCAAAGACAAUAAACCUUUGGAUGGUUCGAGUAGAAGCAGGACACACAUGCCUGUCCUUUUUCUGGACCCAUGGUCUCGCGGAGAUGAGUUUGCACAUGAGGAUGAGGUCGCUGCCGGCCUCACUGGGGUCUUGGCCGUCUUCUAUGGUGCAAUACAUGUCGCUGCUUGA